AUGAGAAUUCACAUUGUCUCUUUAGAAAUCGUUAUUGUUUUUUUUUUAAAUGUUUUUUGGAUUUUCCCACAUGACGAAAAAAAAACACUUUUCUUUAAAAAAAAUACACCUUUUCUUUUAAAAAUUUUUAUAUUUAAUUUUAAUUCCUAACAUAUUUAUAGAAGUACGUAAAAAUCUUCACAGCCCGUAGGGACCAUGAACCAUAUAAAAUUAUGUAAAAUGUUAUGCA